AUGGCUUACAACAACAACAACAAUCAAUAUGCGGGAAACCCCUACGGUGAUGGCGACAACCCAUACGGCAACGAGGGAUACGGCCAAGCGAACCCCUACGGNAGAUGUCAGCAGCCUCUCCAACCUCCGGCACCCACCCGUCAUGGCGAGUCCAACUACUCGGCCAUGACUCAGGACUCGCAGUAUAGCACACCGGCAGCUGCUGGUGUACCUGGCCAGGUCAGCGGUGUCGCAGCCACAGGAACUCAAGCCCCAAUGCACCAGGCAGCCCCUACUGUUCUCAGCAACCAGGACUUCUUGUCGCGCGUCGAAGCCGCAAAGGCCGACAUCCGUCAAUUGACCCAGUACAUUUCCGAAAUUGCCGCAGCCCACCAGCGCACACUCAACAGCCCCGACGCUUCUUCCAACCAGGCCCUCGAGUCGAUUGUGACCCAGACACAAGUUCUCAACACUUCCAUCAAGGAUCAGAUCAAGUUCCUCGAGACGGAUGCUGCCAGAAGCGGACGCAACAACAACAUCAAGAACAGCCAGGUUGGCCAGCUCAAGACAAGCUUCAAGAAGCAGCUCGAGGAGUACCGCAACGAAGAGGCCAGUUAUGAACGCCGCUAUCGUGAACAAAUCGCCCGUCAAUAUCGCAUUGUCAACCCUGAGGCUACCGAUGCCGAAGUCCAGGAGGCAGCCAAUGCCGACUGGGGCAACGAGGGUGUAUUCCAGACUGCUGUAUGUUUGCUUUUCGCUCACUUUGGACCGCGUGUACUGACUCCGUCUCUANNGCUCAAGACCAACCGUUCAGCCACCGCUAGCACUGUCCUUGGUGCAGUGCGUGCCCGUCACAACGACAUCCAACAGAUCGAGCGUACUCUUAUCGAGUUGAACAAGCUGUUCGAGGAUCUUGCCGAGGCUGUUGUCAUCCAGGAACCCAUGAUUCAGCAAGCUGAGCAGCACACCGAGAACGUUAAGAAAGACACUGAGGCUGGUAAUGUGCAACUCGACAAGGGUAUCACACACGCUCGUCGCGCCCGUCGCCUGAAAUGGUGGUGCCUGCUCAUCGUUGUCAUUAUCUGUAUCAUCGUUGGACUGGCUGUUGGUCUUACUCUUGGUCUGCCAAAGAAGAACAACGGUCAAUAA